AUGCAGGUGUCUGAAAUAUCAGUCUACGUGACCAAUGUAGAUGGAAGAGUACCUCUGAAGAAAAGUCCACGAAAAGCAAAUAAGAGGUCCAAGUUAUCACAGAAAUGUCGGUUUGGUGAAAUGACCAAGUGUGUCUUUAUAAACAAAAAAAUAAUCUUCCUUACUCUGAUGGUUCUUGUUAUUGUAAUAAUAACUUGGACUUUAUUGUGGGUCUUUGUUUUGAGAACUCAAAACAACAGUGCUUUAUAUUUUGCUGGAUUAUUCCGCAUAGCUAAUGUUGAGUUUAUACCUGAAUAUCGGAGAAAGGAUUCCCCUGAAUUUCUGCACAUGGCAGACAAAGUUCAGCAAGUGAUUAAUAAUGUUUAUCAAAAAUCACUUUUCUCCAAGUUAUACAAGCAAUCGACCAUUUCUGACUUAAGUGGUAACAACAAUGGUGGUGUUCUUGUUCAUUUCUGGAUUGUCUUUGUGGUCCCAAAUGUGAAGGCUUUGUUUGUGUGUGAAGACUGUGUCAGUGCUAUCUUAAAGGACUCUAUCCAGACGAGCCUCAUAAACCGUACUUCGGUUGGUUACCUCCAUGGACUUCCUGUGGAUCUGGACUCGAUUGUUAUUAAUGCUGGCCUUCGUUCAGAUUAUAUUGCUACAGCUACAACAGAUUCAAAAUAUGUCAUUGAUAAGUAUGCAGAACGGGCUGGUACUUCUGUUCCUCUGAACUUCUCUGCCGCGUCGGGACGGGUGAACUGCUACUUCAGGCUCACUUCUCUGCUAGGAUAUGUCAUUCGCCUCUAUGUCACCAGCCUUCAGAUUGAACCCGACAAUUGCAUCACAGAUUCUCUCUAUAUUUAUGAUUCACUUAUGCCUAUCAGAAGUAGAAAUCUAUACCGAGCCUGUGAACCCUUUGGUUCUUUCCCAGUUUCUUUCGUAUCUACUGGCAAUGGCAUGUUUCUGUCAUUCAACUCCCUCAGGUUGUAUGGAAAGAAAGAAUUAAAGGGCUACUUUGAAGCAAUUCCCAAGGAAAAAUUAAAAAGCACUAUACUGUCAAAAGAUGGAACAAGAUUGGAGGGAAACAUAACCAGCCCAUAUUAUCCAAGUUAUUACCCUCGAAAAUGUAGCUCUACAUGGAUAUUUAAGACUUCUGCACCAUCUUUUGGGUUAGCAUUGAAAUUUCACAACUACACCUUGAAGGAAAAGGGAAUUGAAGGAUGUGAUCAUGGCUGGUGGAAAAUUAAUGAAAAAAUGUACUGCGGCUAUCAAAUAGACCAUCAGACAGUAUUCCACGUAACUAAUUUCCUGGUUAGUAUCACAUUCCAGUGCAGUGGAAAACAAUCAAGCAAGGCAUUUCUGGCAGAGUACAGCAGCUACAACAUCAGCCAACCCUGUCCCAAUGGAUAUUAUGUCUGCCCCACUGGUCUAUGCAUCCGACAGUCUCAACGUUGUGAUGGAUCAGAUGACUGCUUUGAUGAAAGUGAUGAAGUAUUUUGUUCUCUGCCUUCAAAGGUGUGCAACACAAGUUCUCCAUGGUAUCAUCACUACUUCAUCUGUAAUGGAUUCAAAGAUUGUGAGAAUGGUGCAGAUGAAUUGAAUUGCACAGACUCUGUUCCCUGUACAAACAUUACCUAUAAAUGCAAGAAUAAUCUGUGUAUUCUGAAGAAGAAUGCUAAAUGUGAUGGGACUAUAGACUGCUUGGAUGGAAGUGAUGAAAUGAGUUGUGAUUGUGGCAAUAAGAUACAGCACGGAAAUCGAAUUGUAGGAGGAUCCAGUGCUCAAGACGGAGAGUGGCCUUGGCAAGUCAGCCUUCACUUCUCCGGGUCACCCUACUGUGGGGCGUCUGUGAUAACAAAGGAAUGGCUUCUAUCUGCAGCACACUGCUUUCAAGGGGAAAAGAUGUCUGAUCCCAGACCGUGGAUGGCUCAUUUAGGAAUGCGUACUCAAGGAAAUGCAAGGUUUAAGAGUGAGAUUAAACGAAUCCUUGUCCAUGAGUACUACAAUGGCCGGAACUUUGACUAUGAUAUUUCACUGUUAAAACUGAAAACACCUUGGCCAGACAGACUAGCAUCGACAAUCCAACCAAUCUGUAUCCCUUCACUGGCUCAAGUGAUACCAAAUGAAGAGAGAUGUUGGGUAACUGGCUGGGGACAAAAACAAGAAAUGGAUAACAGUGAUCCUACCAUUCUUCAACAAGCGGAGGUUGAAAUCAUAAAUCAGUCCCUCUGUCGUUCCACCUAUGGACUUAUCACCCCACGGAUGUUGUGUGCGGGAUUGUUAUCUGGUAAAAGAGAUGCUUGUCGUGGUGACUCUGGAGGACCAUUGUCUUGUCAAGAAAGAGUUGGUGGAAGAUGGUUUCUUACGGGUGUUGUUAGCUGGGGUCAUGGAUGUGGAAGACCCAAUUUUCCAGGAGUCUAUACAAGAGUAUCAAAGUUUGCUAUGUGGAUCCAGCAACAUGUCUCUGCUUUGCCAAAAACUGAUGAGAAAUAUCCUAUUGCAGAAUAUAACAAAGGCAGCUUGCCUUCCGAUCAGUGUCUCAAUCUUUCAUCGGCCCGUUCUGUUGAUCCAUUAGCACUCCGAACAUACCUCUGCCCUCAGAAGUUCUCCCACAGAAGUAAAUCCGACAGAAGAUGGAUCCUUGGCUCUCUGCCUGUAAUCCCUCUCACAGUGGCAGCAAUCAUUGCAGUCCUUUGUUACAGCUUGUCACCUGCUAUCUCCAUUUUUUAUCUGAGCGGAAGUGUAGAAAUCUCUAACCUCACCUACACCAAUGAACUGGGAGACCCACGCUCAAAACAAUUUAUCUCACAAGCACAAGCUGUCCAAAGUUAUAAACUAAGUGAAGGAGAAGAAGGGCUUCGAGCCUAUUAUUGGAGUAAGUUCUCGGCUCCAGAGGACGUAGCACACUACAUCAAGAAUACAACUACAUCUAAUUUGCAACAUGUCAACGGAAAAAAGUUGAAAAUCCCCUUACUGAACUCUUCUGAAGAGAUUUCCUCUGCUGAAGAAGAUUUUGAUGUUUACACAAUUGAGCUAUUUGCUUCAGGCUCUGAAGAAUAUGACCUAACUGUCAAGUCAGCGAUUUCUUUUGACCUCUAUGCAAAACCAGGUAACAAUCGGACACUGACGCUAACACGGCCAAAAAGAUCGUACUACCAGUGGCGACUGCGAGUUCCAGCAGGCCAUAUUGUACAUUUAGUGAUUCUGACACUACACAGGGCGAUUCCAGGAAACUGUGCAAUCCAUAAACUAUCCGCUUAUGAUUUCCUACUCCCCAUACAGAACAAAAUAAUCGCACGGUGGUGUGGUUCACCCGUCAGUUGGAAUCCUCCGGUUAUCAGAUUGACUUCAUCUGGGAAUGUGAUGUUGGUGACAUUUUCAUCAAAAAUUCGAAGAGGCGGUGCAGUAUUUAAAGCAUAUUUUGAAGCUAUUCGUAAAAAGGGUUGUGGUGGUAAUUUCAUAUCCUGGAAUGGUUCCUUGAGCUCUCCCUAUUACCCUCGCUACUACCCACCCAAGAUCGACUGUACCUGGACGAUAACUACACCUGCUGUGGGAUAUAAUAUAGCCCUUUCUGUCAUUGUUUUGGAAAUCCAAGAGCGAUCCCAAGGUUCGAGAUACUGUGAUAGGGACUGGUUAGAGAUUGAUGGAAUCAGAUACUGCAAUCAAGUCACUGAGGGAGGUUUUCAGAAGAUUUAUGGAAGAUCUGUCAAAAUUAAGUUUUCCUCUGAUCAGUCAGUUACCCUCAAAGGAUUUUAUUUGGAAUACAGAGCUUUUAGCUAUGAGGACCAUUGCUAUUUCACAUGCCCAAGUGGUACCUGUAUUCUCCGCAGAUCAGUUUGCGAUGGAAUAAAUGAUUGUGCAGAUGAAAGUGAUGAACAAAACUGUACAAGAACAGUCCAUAAAGGUUGCUCCUUGUCUUCAUAUAAGUGCCAUAAUGGGAAAUGUCUGAACAAGAUCAAUCCAGAGUGUGAUGGGAAAAGGGACUGCCAGGAUGGUUCAGAUGAAUCAGGCUGUGGAUGUGGAAUUAGUCCAACCAAAAGAACAAAAAUAGUUGGGGGUGAAGAUGCCAAGAAUGGAAAAUGGCCUUGGCAGGUUAGUCUGCAGAUGGGAUUGUAUGGACACAUAUGUGGUGCAUCUAUCAUCUCAAAUCGUUGGCUUGUUUCAGCGGGCCAUUGCUUCCAAGACUCUGAUUCUAUACGAUAUUCCACACCAUCAGCCUGGACUGCAUAUCUAGGCUUACAGCUAAUGAAUAGGAUGAACGCCAGGAUAGUGACCAGAUCAAUUAAUAGAAUCGUUACCCAUCCUAAAUAUGAUGAAUUCACAUCAGAUUAUGAUAUUGCUCUGUUAGAACUGAAGACACCCGUCUUCUUUAGCGAUUCCAUCCAACCUAUCUGUUUACCAGCGACUACUCAUGUCUUCACUUCCACUGCAAACUGCUAUGUCACUGGCUGGGGAGUCCUUGGAGAAGAUGGUGAACUAGCAACGGUUCUUCAGGAGGCUAGUGUAAAAAUUAUUCCCCCUGGUAUUUGUAACAAACUGUAUGAGAACUCUGUGACUUCCAGAAUGCUUUGUGCAGGCUAUCUUCAUGGUGGAAUUGAUGCAUGUCAGGGUGACUCUGGAGGUCCAUUGGUGUGUCUGGGCAAGAGAAGAAAAUGGUUUUUAGCAGGGAUAGUUAGCUGGGGAGAAGGAUGUGCUCGACGUAAUCGUCCCGGAGUUUAUACUCGUGUUUCUAGGUUUUCUGACUGGAUCAAGCAACAAAUCAAUUGAAACUUGAUUGAAAUUUAUUCAAUGAAGUUAUUCAUCUUGUUUUGUAAUAAUGCAGCAUUUUCCCACUUGUGAGUCCCAGACGAGCUUGAAGCAUGCUCAUUGACUCAAUAAGCUAAUGCUUUGAAGGUUCA